AUGGGUCCUGAGCAAUCUCCGUCGGGAGAACUAUCUGAACCUACAUCCUCUCCGUACAGCCUUCAGCGGUCACCGUCCUCGCCAGACACUCCAGGUAGCGCUUCCACAGCCGCCACCACUCCCCCAGUGGUACAGGCCGACGCGUCCUUGAAGCUCGGUCGGACUCCCACACCCAGAAGCUCUAUCAGCCCCCUUGAACGCUUCAUCGAAUCGAACGGCUCUGAAACUGCUAAAUCACCCCUUCCCAACCUCACCACACCUCGGCAUGCCACCACGAACACAAGUCCUCCACACGCGCAGCUUCUCGAUCUCAUCGGAAACCACAAUCUCCUCGAUAGUAUGUGGGUAGGCCCCAUGCCCGUGGAGAAGUUCCUCUGGGAGUAUGGAUUCGCGCAACAGUACGAUGAGUUUAACUACUAUCAGAACUGCCUGCGAGACGAUCCCAUUCCGCGGCCAGGUAACAUCUUUUCAGAGAUGCCAUCGCUAGCGCCGACGAUGUUUGAAGGACCGGAGGACCUUGAGGACGAGGGAUCGCUGGCCGUAUACGCUGAGAACGGUCUCGUCGAGCAGCGGAGGAAGGCGGCUGAUGCAUUGAUUUCUGCAAUUGAUCAAGCGGGCAUCUUGAAGGACAUCACCCUUCACAAUACUGUGUACCUGCCUGGAACGGUCCAGUGCCACACCGUCCAAGUGGAGAAGACCGAACUGGUCUGCGAAGACAGUGAAGACGAGGAAGACGUCUCUCAUACCGACGGAAGGAUUUCUCCUUCCUCGGUAAGCUCGUCCGGAGGAUCGAGAAUCGUUCCCGUAACCACCACUGGAGACCGACCAUUCUAUGUCGAACUUCUCCCCGACAUCUCUACCAGCGAUAAGCUGUCCAUACCACCGGAAUGCUUGUACGAAUUCCAUGCAUCCCAGGAACUCCUCAUCGUCAACACCGGUAUCGACCCCUUCGACCCCUUCCUCACCCCAGGCCUCACCUCCGACUACUCACACGAACUGCACUUAGCCGAGCGCGACUCCAUGGAUGAGGUCGAAUGGACGAAACGAGCAAAGAUCCGCGAGGCGUGGGCUCAGCGGGACCGGAUCAGCGUCAUGAUUAACGAACUUUACUCCAUUUACUCCCACCGCAAGUCCAACAGGCACUCUCCCCGCUCGGUACCACUCAAAGGUCUCAGGACGCACACCUACCUCGUUCUUGUCUUCGACCCUUACGUCCGCUUCGUGCGGGUGGAUUAUAGCGGGGUGGUUGUUAGCGGUAGGGCUAACUUCCGUGAUGAGGGGCUGCCCGGUCCCGAUCCUCGACGCCCGUUCGAGGUUUUCUUGCGGGGGUUUGGCGAGAUGGAUCCUGGUGAGAGGGGGUGGGAUGAGAGUGUUAUGCUUGCGAAUCGUACGGUUUAUGGAAAGCGUAUCAAACAAGCGAAGCAGGCGUUGGCUGAAUGGGCUUGGGACGAUGAGCCAGAGUUUGUGGGAAACGAAGAGGACCUCGUCUGCACGUACGAACCGUGUAGGGGUGAUCCACCCCUGCUGGCGUUCAAGGUUCCGACUGACCCGAGCGAAGACGCCAAGGAUGGAAAGGAGCAGUUCGAAUACACGACCGUCUUCGCUCAGUACCCGCUCGAGGAACGUCCGGUCGGACCCAAAGUGCAUCUGAAAUCCAAGAAGGCGAUCGCCCUCGAUGACCUUAGGGAAUUCUAUUCCCCAUACGCCCCUCUCUACGACUGGAAGGACGUCCACAUCUUCUCGCGCAACACCCUCGUCUUUCCCGUAUACAACCCCGGUACCAAGAAGGUCAGCUUGAUGAAGGACUCGUGGCGCAUGGUCGACUCGCCCCAUUGUCUCCCGGAGAGUGAAGUCCUACGGAAACUUAACGCGGAUGGAGUGAGGAAUGUACCCGAGUUGGAGUUUGGGCAGGACGUUGGAAAGCUGGGCUUUUGGCCGUAUAGUCGGGCGAGCAAGGCGGAGUGGAGGCGAAAAGAGCUGAAUGAGUACCAAGAGACCCUCGGGCACUUGUAUGCGGAAGAGCAGUGGAACGUGCUUUGGGCGGACUGGAGGGUUGGGGGUGGGAGUCGCAGGGGGCCUGUGAGGCAUAUGAAGAGGGUGCACCAUCGGUUUGUGACCUCGUUCAUUGGGAAGAAGUUGGAUGAUUGCAGGGGAUUGGAGAACUCGUAUCCCUUUGUGAAGAUCAUUUAUGAUGCGCUGGUUGCGCAUGCCGAUGCGGUCAUCAAGAGCGGUAUCUUGCACCGUGACAUCAGUAUUGGGAACGUUAUGCACAACGGCGAAGGGGAUGGUGUUUUGAACGAUUGGGACCAAGCCCGCUUCGUCGAUUAUGAAGUCCAACGAUGCGAGACAGCAGGGGGUACGCACGCUUUCAAAUCUGCCUGGCUCAUUGGAUCCGACUCUGAACGCAAGAACACCGUCCAAGACGACCUAGAAUCCUUCCUUCAUGUUGUUCUGUGGCAGUUCAUGAUGCAUAUGGCCGAUGUUGUGGACGACACGGACAGCGAUGACUCAAAAAAAGACGAAGCUGACGACGAUACCCUAUUCGGCGAGGCUGAAGAAGAGCCUGACACUCGUCCGCCGCUCACCAGACGCCAACUUCGCCACUGGAUGAACGGUUUCUUCAACGCUCCUUUCAGAGGGGAACUGCCAGGUCGCCAACCCAUGUCGGACAAGCAGCGCUUCUGCAUGAACGACCCGCGGUGGAAUGCAGAGAAUAAGCGGGUGCUUGACCUUCUCAAACAGUGUUCCCCUCUCGAUUGGCUCGUCACUAAGGCGCGCUUUAUGUUGGGACAGUGGUACGGCUACCAGAGGAACCUCUCGAUCCCUAUUCCGAUGAUGCCGCUGUGCAAAGAGGAAGCAGAGCUCUCUCCGGAGGAGAUACAUGGGACGCCCGAGGAGCUAGGGUUGGAUCUCGCAGACCAUGUUGUCAUGCUGGACGCGUUUUACGAAGCGCUUGAGAUGGGUGGGUGGCCUGGCGAGGAAGAUCACGAAGAUCAGGACGGAGAGCAGCCGAUGUUCCUCGAAGAUGAUUCGGGACUCGUGGGAGGCUUGCUCCAAGUGGAAGAAGAAGACGAGAAUGGUGAGCGGCCGAUACCUCUGGAAGGAGGUUCGGUUGACGCGCCUCCUCUUGUCGAUCCACUCAACCCUUUGGGACUUCCAGAUCUACUCCCUGGUGCGGCGGGAAGGAACGUUCGACCUGCGAUUCAAUGGGAGGACUUUUCGGACGCCUUGGAAGACUACGAGUUCUACGCGUCAUCUGAAGAAGAAUCCUUCUCCAACACGGAUGAAUUCAGGAGUCAAUUUCUAUCUCCAGUUAGCUGGGAUAAGGAGGGUUACGAAGAGGCCGGAGCAGGGGAGUAUGGCGAGGAUCCGACAGAGGAAGUGGCUGACGAGAUUGGAUUUCGUCCAGAAAUUGUUUCCCCCCCUGCUUGGGCGAGGCUCCCGAGCAUGUCAGAUGCAAGGGAGGAGAAGGAGAACACCGACGAGGAAGGGGACGACUACAGCAACUUGGGACCUAGCACCCCAGCCAAGUGGGCUAAGGUCGCUCGCCGUAGGGACGAGGACGACGAGGACGACUGCAAUGACUACGAUAACGAACCACUCACGAAGAGAUUCAAGCAUAAUUGA